AUGGGCAACAUGGAUCAGCUAAAAUCAAUUUUGCUAAUUCAAACAAAUGUGGUUGAAAUACGGAACAACGAUGGCGAUACACUCUUAAUGGAAGCUACUCGUUACAAUAAACCACAAAUGGUCCAAAUUUUGAUUGAUGCUGGUAGUGACGUGAACGCUGUGGAAAAGAAUAAAAUCAAUGCAUAUCACUACAGCGCAUGUGUUGGUCAUGAAAAUGUCUUACAAGUACUUAUUCGUCACGACGUUACAAAUAUUAACAAGACAAUGAUGUACGAUUGGACACCAUUGCAUUUUGCAUCUAAAGGUGGUCAUAUUCAAUGUGUUAAGUUAAUCCUGGCUGUACCCCAAAUUAAUGUGAAUAUCAAUAACAAUAAUAAUGAAACUGCUUAUGAUGUUGCUAAUAAUGACACUGUCAAACUUUUAAUUGAUGGACAUCAAAAGCAAUAA